AAUGAAGAAUUCCAGAAAAGUCUAGACCCCACUCCAUAAAUACUCCUUCCAUGCCUUUUUCACCCAAACUUCACCAUCCUCUUCUUCCUCGCUCAUUCUUCGUUUCCUUCAUUCGAUUCCUUAUGGCGUUGCACAAGUUCUUGAAGAGGAAAGGACCCGUCGACCAAGUUAACCACGAUUUCCCUCUCGCUUCACCUGCCACCAAGAUUCGCCGUCUCGACGCCGAUUUGCCGCCAAUUGUGGAAGAGGAGGAAUCGUCGCCGUUACCGUUACCUAACGAGGAGAGAGCUCUCGUGCUCUUCAAACCCUUACUUCAUUCCCCUUCCUCUUACUCUCUCACCCUCGAUCCUCACCUCAUCUCUGGAAUUAGGAAUAAUCAAUUUUUGUGGUCCAAACAAUGUGAUCACGUGACAGGGUCACAAUCACGUGAGAAAGAUAAUGAUGAAUUGGCUCUUGUGCCUUGGGUGCCCUCACCUUCUUACAAGUUUUCUAACGCUGAUGAUUCUGACAACAGCGCCAAUGCUGAGUUGAUGGAAGCUGAUGAAGUAGAAGAAGGAGAAGGUGCUGCUUCUAUGAUGAUGGAUAUUGAACAAGAAAAUGAGGCCAAAACUUCAACAUCAACCAUUCAGUACCCUGGAAUAACAGAGGGGUUUCAGCAACACUGCUUGCUACCCCAGCUUCCUCACACCACCUCAACUCCAAUUACUUGGACCCGCUGAAAAUUGUUUAUCAUAUAUACCACUAUUUUCUUUGCUGUUAAGCGAGCUUUUCUCCUAUUUAGGACGCUAGACUAGACUAGACUAAACCACUUGGGUUUGCUUUUGCGGGAUGGGAAUCUCUCUCUUCUCGUGGUAGUGUAACAAAGAAAAGGAAUUAAUGUGUAUAAUGCCUUUUUUGUCGCUAUCUCUGAAUUGCGUUUCUACUGCAAAGGAAUCAUUGGAUAAUGAACUGUGUUUUGUUGAGUGUGUGAAUGGAGGAUGACAGGGUACUCUGACUGAAAUUAUUAACAAAGAUA